AUGAAAUUACUUUUGUUGUAUUUGUUAUUUUGUUAUAUCAAUGUUAAUCAUGGUGAUUUGGCUUAUACUACUGUGGUGACAUUUGGUGAUUCAUUAAGUGAUACUGGCAAUGGUUAUCGAAUUUCACAGCAUACUUGGCCACCCUUACCUCCCUUUAAUAAAAAUGGAAGUUAUACAGAUAACCUUACUUGGAAUCAAAUACUAACACAAAAACUUUUAAAUGGAGCUACUCUACAAGAUUUUGCCUAUGGUUUUGCAACAAUCGAUAGUGAAUUAGUUCAAGGAAAGAUGGGUUCCCAUGCCAAUAUAAAUGGUAAUUAUUCAAUUCGAAAUAGUACAAAACCACCAGGUGUUCGACAACAAAUAAAUGAUUAUAUUAACUCGACAAUUAACAAAACUGUUGAUUUUGAUCGAACGCUUUAUGUCAUUUCGAUUGGAUCAAAUGAUUAUUAUUAUGAUCAGGCAUUAACAACAUUCAAAACCGUUCAGAGUAUUAUUGAAUGUAUAAAUAUAUUAAUAUUAUUUGGUAUAAGAAAUCUACUUGUUAUUAAUUAA